CCAGCUUGCUAAACACUCUCUGAAGAAGAAGACCAGCUGACAAAUCUCAAAACGGUUGCGAAGCUGCCUGCAUCACCCGCCGACCGAGCCAGGAACCGACUAGCAGAACCGGAGGAGAAAAAAAAAUGGCGUUCACAUUCGCGGCCUUUUGUUACAUGCUCGCUCUGCUGCUCACGGCGGCGCUUAUCUUCUUCGCUAUCUGGCAUAUAAUAGCAUUUGAUGAACUGAAGACUGAUUACAAGAAUCCUAUAGAUCAAUGUAACACUUUAAAUCCGCUGGUGCUCCCAGAGUAUCUCAUCCAUUUCUUCUUCUGCGUGAUGUUCUUCUGUGCGGCCGAGUGGCUCACUCUCUGUCUCAACUUGCCACUGCUGGCUUAUCAUGUCUGGAGAUAUAUGAGCAGACCUGUGAUGAGCUGUCCAGGACUCUACGACCCGACAACCAUCAUGAAUGCCGACAUCCUGGCGUUCUGUCAAAAAGAAGGCUGGUGCAAACUGGCUUUCUACCUCCUGUCAUUCUUCUACUAUCUCUACGGGAUGAUUUAUGUUCUGGUGAGCUCUUAAACCAGACCAUGAAGGACAAGGACCUGCAUGUACAGUAGAAGACCAGACACUAUGAUCUUAGUGCUGGAACACUGGACCUGCUGGAGACCACCGUUCAGCAACACAAGACGCCAUUACAAGCGGACGAACUCUCGACCCCCACACACAGCGCAGAGUUUCAUUUCGGAAACAUUUAGCCCGUUUUAAGAGAAUAUCUCGGUCGCAGCGUUCCUCUCAUAGCACUAUAGUUUAACUUUUAUGGAAAAUAAGGACAAACCUGAAUGGACAAGUUUAUUUUUUCUUUCCUUUAUUUUUUAUUUUUAAUGGUGUGGUGAUUUUUGAUGCUUGGGAUUUAAAUAAAGUUUUUUCUUUCUUUCUUUUUAUUUUUAUUUUUCUCAAUCUUGGUUCCCAACUUUUGAGUGUUUACAGAUUAGGUAGACAUUUUCAGGUGUGCAUUAUCUGUGAGAAUCUGAGCUGCGUGCUGAGCUGCAUUAGCUUUUUCUGUGAAUUAGAUUCUGGGCUUUAACAGCUAAUUUAUACCUGCCACGUGAUUCAUUAUCAUCACUAAAAAACUAAAAAAAAAAGCGCAAACUAGACUUCUGUUCUUGCCCACAGACACAUAUGGUCUUAAUAUGAACAGUUUGGGACUUGAUGGUACAGUUAUGUACAGCGAGGGCUGAAGUGCAUGGGUUAUUAUCACUUAGUGAAACGUGUUGCACAGGGACAAUCAUAGUCUGGUUGUCACAACAUCAGUUUUUAAACUAUCUGAUGUAUCGUUUCCAUACUGCAGACCUAUUUAUCAUUACAUUUGAAUCCUGUAAUCCCUGUUGAAAUCAAUGGCAAUAUUUGUUUUCCUAAGUGUGAAUCCAGAGUAGACUGCUAUGUGUAUGUGACCUGUAUUUCUGUAGAAUCGCCCUUUGCAGCUAUCCAUAAAUUUUAAAAAAGGUAGACUCAACAGUACGGUAAUAUAUUCAGCAUUAGGCGGCAACAGUACUCUGUUAUUCUCUGCUUUCUGCGUUUGAGCUUUGGUAGGAAUCUGCUGAUGUGCCAUACUGUUGAAUGUACCUUUUUGAAAUUCCUCAACUGUUUUUGUCUUUGAGCAUUUUGUUCAUUUUCAACAUCAAAUAUUCCGCCGUGUUAGGUUAGCGACUCCAGUGUUUUAUUUAUUCAGUGUUUUUAAGUUUUCUUUUAAUGUCUCCAGAAUAUCAAGCACUCCUCACAGUGUCGGAUCAUUUCCAGAAUCAAACUUUGGAAAGUGGUGUUUCUGUCUUCUUUAGGCCAUUAGAAACAAUUGGUAAAUACUAGAGUAUUUAUUGCCAUUUUCAAAUGUGUACAUUUAUCAGGGAAAGGGAUGAUCAUUCGUCACAGAUAGGUUUUUUUUUUCUAUUAGAUCCCAUCAUGUCACAUCUAGGAAAUGACAACUUAAGUUUAUUUGAAUCUAAAUAAAAAAUAUCCCACUCUGUUA